CAGGUGCAGCUCAAGUCUGCGGUGGAGGAGCUGCCCGGGAGGUUGGAGACAGUUCUGGCCGAGUCGGGCUCCAACUUCAGCGUGGGCCAGAGGCAGCUGGUGUGUCUGGCCAGAGCCGUCCUGAGGAAGAACCGCAUCCUCGUCAUCGACGAGGCCACGGCCAACGUGGACCCCAGGACAGAUGAACUGAUCCAGAAAACCAUACGGGACAAGUUCAGAGAGUGCACCGUGCUGACCAUCGCUCAUCGUCUCAACACCGUCAUAGACAGCGACAGGAUACUGGUUCUAGAUGCAGGGAAAAUCAACGCCUAUGCCGAGCCUUACACCCUGCUUCAAGAUCCAGAUGGCAUCUUUUACAAAAUGGUGCAGCAGACUGGAAAGCAAGAGGCAGCAGCUCUACUGGAAGCA